AUGUCUAUGGCAGAAGGCCAGCAAGAGAAAGAAUCACAUUUGAUCAGGAGGUUUUUCAGUUCCACCAGCACUCCGUUUCGAGCAGCAGGUCGACCUUUUCGUCGAAGGUUCUCUCGGAGCAGGAACGUUGACAACCCCACGAUCCAUCCUACGCCAGAGAUGCAUCCGGGGUUGCAUGCGCACUUCGAAUCGGUCGCAAUAGCUGGCAUGUCUGAAGCGUCACAACGGCACGAUGACUCAAAUUUCGAUAUAUUUGAUUGGCAUCCCCGCUACCAAAGCUGCCAGAGAUAUUUUCUUGACCAUGCUCAGCAUAGUGUCCCCGUUCAAGCGUUGUCCUCGUUUCUGAACAUCCUACUGCCAUUUCAAAGACAACCCAAUCCGGUUUUCAACUCUUUGGCAGACGCAGCCCAAUGUCGACCUCAUCCGUCAGGUACAUCUGACCCAGCUGUCUCUGUACCACCCAGCGUAUCUCUGGUCCCUUAUCUACGAAGACUGGUCGCGACCGGCAUGGAUUAUCCCGGCGUGCUACACGGGUUCUUUGGAGAUGACUGGGCUACUGGAAUAGGACCCUUGCACGAACAAGAACGCCGAAAUUAUCUCUUUGCUGCAAAAAGUGGUGGAUGGGCGGCUGUCAAACGCGACUAUGAUAUCCCCCCGCUUGAAACUGUUCCAUUUCUGCGGCCGCUUCAAGGCCCCGUUGACUCAGAAAUUGAAAGCGCAGAGAGAGGCUGGAGUGAAUGGCUUGCAAUGGAAGAUUGGAUGGUAGGACCUCGAGCACCCGACGCGCUGAAUGAAUCAUCACCAUCGUCACGAUCCCGAAGUGCCUAA